CAAGCUCAAAGUUUCUCAUCAAUUCUUUGACUUUCCUUUGAUAAUUCUACCAUAGUUUUCCAUAUCAUUUCAAGAUGCAUUCCAGCAACAUCAUCAUUCUCCUUGCCAGCGCCGUAGCUGCGCAAUCCCAAUCCCAAUCCCAAUCUCAGUCCCAGUCUCAGAAUGCCACCGUAGUCACCUUGCUCGACCUUCGCCUUUGGCAGAACGGACUGGACCAGACUCUUACUAUAAAGGGUUCUGAAGGUGAUAAGACCACCUACGAAAACUCCUGCACUGGACAGGCAGGAUUGGAGUCACUCCUCUCAAGUGCGAAAGCGACAGAGAGUGGCUCAUCGAGCGCCGCACCAAGCACCUUGGUGUCUUCAACGUCGACCAGCGGCAUUGCAAUCCGAACAACACCUACCGUUGAUGUACCACCGACCAGUGGUGUCCCCGACAUCGAACUGACUCCGAUCCCCGCACCCACCAGGGCUGCACGUCUCCGCCGGGACGAUGAGGAUGAACUACCCAAGAUUCCCGCCUGCGAGCCCUAUUCCAUCGUUCAGGGUCCAAGCACAUGGGAAUACCACUUGACCGACCCCAAGCCCGAUCUAUGGAAGGUGGAUGGUGACUGUAAAUGGACCGGCGAGCUCAAGACUGCCGACAUCACUUGCACUAUUCUUCAGUCGGCCAACUCGAAGGAAUUCGGUGAGGGAGUCUGGGGCACUGAGACCUCUACUCAGACCGUCAUGAAGGCCAGCAUGGUCUCUAUGCGUGAGGCUCUCUCUGCUGUUACUGCUGUGCCUGCCUCAACCACUGCUGCUGCAAGCUCGUCUUCUUCUACUGGUGCUGCUGCUCAUAUGGCUCUUCCUACUGGUGCUGUCGCGAUGGUCGGUGGUGCUGCUGGUAUCCUUGCCGCUGCUCUUGCUCUUUAA